GCACGCGUGGGGCGCGUGGUUUGUGUAGUGCCGGGUUGGGCUGAGCACAGUGGGGGAUGAGAGGGGACAGCGCUGUCAGCCGCCGCCCUUGGGGUCUGCUCCAUACUUACAAGCGCUGAUAUGAUCCUUCUUCGGGCUCGAUAACCUUGUCAGCCUUUCCACGUUGCUGCAGGCCCCUAAUAAUCUCCGUAGCCUUCUGCUGCAGCUCGCGACCUUAAACCCCUGCUCAGUCGCAUAAUUGCAGAUGGGUAGUAAACACCUUCUGGGGUCUGUAAGGGAAACUAUUGAUCGCAGCCUGAACCUCUAAUUAACCACCUGAGGCAAAGUGUCAGGGCAGCUGUGGGAGCACAGGUGAAAGUAAUUCAGGUGUGCUCCCGGAAGGGGUGGAGCUUGUCUUCACUUCUAAAUCCCAUUUAAGGGCUGACCACCACUAAGGUAGCAUCUCUUUUUGGUGAUUGCUCCUUUGCAAAGUUCUUGUAUUGAGCCUCAACAUUGGUGAGCCUCCUUUUCAACUGAAAGCUUUAGCACUGGAUGAUCAACUCCAGAAUGUUAUCUCAGAGUCUGUGCCAAGUUAACAAAUGUCUGCUUCAAUGCAACUUAAAACUGAAUCCCAUCAAGUUGGCUACUUUGGCCAGAAGGAUCCACUCUUCAGUAAACCAGCUUUCUGAAUAUGAGUUAAUGGAGCAAACUACACAGAAAAGGGUAACUAAAGAGUCACCUCAUAGUACAGAAAACAAAAACUUUGAAAGAUUACACAUACCAGUGAUGCUGGAGGAGGUCAUGGAUUGUUUAUCCCCCCAGUCAGGCCAGUGUUUCCUUGAUAUGACAUUUGGAGCCGGAGGUCAUAGUACAGCUCUUCUAGAGAAAGCCAGCAACAUUACAAUAUACGCCCUGGACAGGGACCCCACGGCUUAUAAAAUAGCUCAGCAGCUUUCGGAGUCUUACCCGAAACAGAUUCAAGCUCUUCUAGGACAGUUUAGCCAGUCAGAGGCUUUGUUAAUCUCAUCAGGAGUUGAGCCUGGAACUCUAGAUGGAGUUCUCUUGGAUGUUGGAUGUUCUUCUAUGCAAUUUGAUACUCCUGAAAGAGGUUUUUCCCUGCAGAAGGAUGGACCUUUGGACAUGAGGAUGGAUUGUGACAGGUACCCUGACAUGCCCACUGCUGCUGAUGUUGUGAAUGCUUUAGAUCAACAGGCACUUGCGUCCAUCCUGAGAACAUACGGGGAGGAGAAGCACGCCAAGAAAAUCGCUUCAGCCAUCGUUCAGGCACGCAGCAUAUAUCCCAUCACCAGAACUCAGCAGCUUGCAAGCAUUGUUGCAGGUGCUUUUCCAGCAUCAGCGUUGUAUGCAAGAAAGGAUCUGCUUCAGAGACCUACACACAUUGCUACCAAAACUUUCCAAGGUCUGCGAAUAUUUGUAAAUGAUGAGCUUCAUGAGCUUUUUAUAGGCCUGAAGACAGCUGAGAAGUUUCUGAAACCUGGAGGUCGACUUGUAGCCCUCUCCUUCCAUUCUCUAGAAGAUCGCAUCAUCAAACGUUUUCUUCAUGGAAUAGACAUGACGGAAAAAUACAAUCUUAGCUCAAGGCAGAAGAUAAGACGGGCUCUGAAAAAUUGCUCCAAAGAAGAAAAUACACAAGAAUUCCCCCAUGGAAAAUCCAACCCAAAGUGGACUUUUAUACAGAAAAAAGUUCUCACACCCCAGGCCAAAGAUAUUCUAACAAACCCAAGAGCAAGGUCAGCCAAGCUAAGAGCUGCUGUUAAACUCUGAAAUAAAAAUGAAUCCUUAUGUAAUUGUAUUUAUAUAAUUAUAUAUAAUUUAUAUAAUAUAUACUUUCCUACAACUUUGUUUUCUGGAGGACUAACUGGACAGAUAACACCAAACAGAAAAAUAAAAUAGAAAAGAUGGUUAAAAAACAUUUUACCCACCAUUCUACUUCUUUUUGACUGGGCUGUAGAGUAAAACAUCAAAAGGUAGGGUAAUAAAAUAAGUAAAAUAAGUUGCAUGAGUGGGUGUUACUGGUUAUACCAAGCGUAUAUCUCUUUACAAAGGACAAAAACUGAAGUUUUUAUAAACCACAAUUUUGAUAUAUUUAAAAUGUUUCCUCUAGACUCAACUCAGAACUGUGACACUUCCAGUCUAAAUUCAGUAGCUGAUUGAUACAGCCGUGUUUUUAUAGCUGUUGAUGUCAAACAACUAAGUCAACUGACUGUUUUAAUCUAGUGUACGUUUUUAAACUAGCCUAAGAACUCAUGAUAUAAAGAAUUAUUGAGAUAUAAAUCUGUGUCUGUUCACUUAUUGAAUUAACAUCUGUAUGACAGUAGCUUGAUCUUACAUUAAUUGAUAUCAUAACCUUAUGCCUAAUCCAAGAGUUUGAGUGAUCUCUUACCUCUGCUAAUAAGAAAAUAAUUACAUGUGUGACAGCCUGGUUAUUUAAUGUUUAUUGAUUUUAAAUAAUGAGUGGGUCUUGAGAUAAAAGGGACUUCAGAAGGCCUCUGUAUUGCACUUGGACAUUAUAUGCAGUGAGGAAACACCAGGAAGAUUUGCAGUAGGUAAUUUGAGGUUAUUCCUGCAGUCCUAAAUUCGAUGCAUAGAUCCAGUAGAAGUUUGAGUUGAUGAAAUUGCUAUUAACAUGUGUAUUGUGAUUCUUCCUAAGUAUUCUCCUUUGCAAAUGAUGUUUUAAGAGUUAUUUUAGGUAAGCAGAGACUUUUAUCUUAUAAGUGAACUACUAAAACACCAGUUUUCUACUUGGAUAGCAUACUAACUAGUAAAGUUGGUAAUAUUUUUUUGAAUAGGUCAAAAUGAAUUGGAUUUAGCUGUAGAUUUGUAUUUUAUUGUAAAAGUUCAUUGUUGUUGCUAUUUUUGCAUGUCAAUAAUGAUUAUGUAAUAGCUUUCAUUGUUUCAGAAUGUGAAGGGUUAAUAAAUUUUUGAAGUAAUACAAUGAAUUAAUAACUUCUAAUGUCUUACAAUUGAGUAAUUUCUUAGUGUUUUUAUAGUCACAUCUACUGAGAUUGGUGCUUGACUGGGAAAAAUCAGUGUCAGAAACGUGAGCUUUGAUAUACAUGUGUUAUGGUAUUUGGCGGACACACAUUUGGAAGAGAGAGGUUUUAAUGUACUGUAAGUGGAAAAUAUAGUUUUGUAUAUGUUGCUAACAAAUGGCCAUUCUCUGAUAGCAAUUGUAUAAGGCUUUGCGUGCUGCUUUCCGGACUAACAUUUCUAUUAUUAUUAAUGAUUCAUGUAGUAAUUUGCUGUAAUGCUGCACUUUAUAUUGGAAAAGACAUGGUAUUAAUUAGAAAGUUUAUACUGUAAGGAAUGUCACAGCACCGUAAGGAAGGAAGUGUGAGGAUGUUUGCCCUGAGGUAAGGAGACAUGCAGAGGUGGGAUGGUUGUGACAAGCAGUCCGAGAUGCAGAUUGUUACUGAUUUAAUUUGUUUAAUUUAAAUUACCUUAGUCUUGACUCAUUAUUUAGUGUAUCUCUGUACAAAAGUACUCGUGAAAAAUGAGAAGAACUUGAAGAACCAAAACCCGUAAGCCAUUUUGUUGCUGUCCUACCUAAUGUCUUUAGCAGAAGUAGUAAAGAGUUCAGACCUGCAUCUCUCAUGCCCCCCCAGGAAUGGCUCUUUUCAUGGGAUCACAAAUUCUGUUUGGUGGACUGUGGGUUUCUGUCUUUAUGUCCAUGCAUGUAUUGUUUUGAUGUGGCAGUUGUUUCAAAACAAGUAGUGUGCUAUUAUCAGUCUUUCAGAAUUAAAGCAAAUAUGGAGGCCUU